ACAUGGUAGGCACGUUGUUAUUGUUUUUGCUAGUUUCGUCCAUUGCCGGUCGAUAUAAAUUCGGGGCGGCCGACGAGUUGGUGAGGAUAUGCAAAAUAUCUUUCAAGGACUACGAAGCAACAAUUUCGGGAUGGGACUGGGAAGUAAGGAACAGCAGGAACGAAACCUACCACAUUAACAUUUGUGGAACAGCCAAAAACUGUGGCAAAGAUGUUUCUGUUUGCAAAAAAGAAUCCAAGUCUGUAACAAUAAACUAUGGUACAAGUUUAAACAAAGGGAAAAUAAAGACAUCACAAUAUGCUACAGGUUUCUCAAUUACUUUUACUGGUCAAAAGACAGAUAAAUGUACCACACUCCAAACCCAGAUUAAUUUCCAAUGUAUCUACACAUUGGGUUCACCAGAACUUGUUGAUGACAGUGGUUGUAUUAUAAUCAUCCAGUUCUUCACCAAGGAAGCAUGUUCAAAAAUAGACAAGAUACCCGAGAUACCCUGCGUUGUUUUCGAUCGCAAUAAACGGAAGAUAGAUUUGUCCCCCCUGAUAAAGUUAAAAGGAGGACAUCAGGUUUCGAAUCCAACACACGGCGUCACAAUGCUCAUCAAUGUUUGUCGAGACAUAAAAAAUGACGCGAAAAUUCAAGCGAAAUGGUGCGCUGAUGGCGUUGGAAAAUCUUUUCCAGCCUGUCGUCUUGAUAUCAAAAAACCAAUUGGACAAAUCACAAAAGAAUCAAAGUUGAUUUAUGAUGUCAGUGGUAAAAUCAAGCUGGUUUAUAAAUACAACCCAAAGACAAAGUCCAAAGAAUGUCCCAACGGCGUGUCAACUGAGAUUACCUUCAUGUGUCAAAAGAAGUUUUCUGAUGGAGGAACAGGUCCAGUUCUUAUCACCGAAGUAAGUCCGGGUAAAAUUGUAUGCAAAUACGACAUACUGUGGAGAACCGGUCACGCUUGUCCAAACAAUGACGUUAUCACUAAUAAGUGCAAAUUCAGCAACAACGAAGUCACCUUUGAUCUUACCAAGUUGAAAAAACCUACGAAGCAACUGAGCUACAAAGUCAUAGGUCGUAAUAAUAACGAAGAAUUCAGGAUUAAAGUAUGCAGCAAUGGUCAGCCCUGUGGAAGAGACACGGACGGCAGUCACACAGCAGUUUGUCAAAUAACAAAUGGCUCCAAAUCCCAUUCCUGUGGUAACGCCAAUUAUCCAAGCAUUCGUUAUGCUGAUGGCGAUCUGACCAUGGUCUACAAGGAUGGCGAAGUUUGCAGUACGAAGUUACUCCGAAGGACCAUCAUAACUUUCCGAUGUGAUCCGACCGUUGACGUGGGCGAACCGACGUUUGUCGGAGAAGAGCACUGUUACUAUUUUUUCCAGUGGAAAACAAGACACGUGUGCCCGUCUCGAAACUCCGGGGACGGAUGUGAUUAUAGUUUCACUGGGGAUACAGCCGCAGCGUGUAGUUGGCAGGUGGUCAAUGGCGAAGGCUGUUUCUUGGAGGAUUCUGUCACCGGCAAUGUCUACGAUCUUUCUCCCUUGGGAAAAGGAACAAGCUCUGGCAAGACUUAUUUCACUGCAAAACACAGUGAUACGACAUACAAUAUACAGAUUUGUGGUAAAACUGCUUCGGCUUUUGAAUUUUGUGCUAACAGAGCUACUACUGGAAUCUGCCAGAAGACCAAGGAUAUUGUCAAAAUCAUUGGAGGUGGGCAGGGUAAUCUGUACUAUAAUGACGGAGUCUUGAAAAUGGUUUUCAAAAAUGGAGAUAAAUGUAAAUCUUACAUCACGCUUUUCUGCAAUGAAUCCGCUGGUACUGGAUCCCCUGUGUUCGUUGAGGAGAAAAAAAGUUGUGUGUAUUAUUUUGUAUGGUACACGAAACACGCAUGUCCAUUGAAGACGAUGGAAUGUGCUUUGAAAGACAAGCAUGGCAAUGAAUACGAUCUCUCCCCCCUGGUCAGAACAAAAGAUAACUGGAAAGUGACAAAAAAUGGAAAAAUAUAUUUCAUCAAUAUUUGUCGCGUUUUACAUCGAAAUAAUGACACAAAGAGCUGCCCUGUCAGAAGCUCUGCCUGUAUGGUAUCCCCAAAUAAACCUGGUGUUGAUAUGGGUGAGAUCGUUGGUCCCUUUAUUGUGGAUAAUUUGGGAAAUCCGGUUUUGCAGUAUCAGAAUAACAAUUACAGAACUAUAAUUACCUUCAUAUGUGACCCAGAAGGAAAGACGGGAUCACCGGAGUGGUCGAAUGUUGACGAGAAGAACAACAUCUCUUCAUUCACGUGGAAAACUAAGGAGGCUUGUAAAAUCAAACCAAAAGUGGAAUAUGGUUGUAAUGAUAAAGACACUGGUUUAUCUGUGUUGAGCAAGGGAGAUGGAAAGGGAUAUGAAAUACCACUUUCAAAAGGAAAUAUAAGAUUGGAUAUCUGCCAAAAUGUAACUUGCAACAAGAAGAGAGACUCGACUGCAUGUUUUAAUGAUGGAGAAAAAGAGUUCUCGAUCGGCCGUUCUUUUGGAAGCAAAGUGGAGCAUAGCGAUGGUGUGAUCACCCUCACAUAUCCAGGCGGGAAAUGGACGACGAAAAUCAACUUUGUCUGCACGCAAGAGAUCGUGGAUGGCAAACCAGUGUUUAUUAAACGAGAGGAAAAUGUUUAUGUCAUCGAGUUUCCGACGUCGCUGGUCUGUAAGCCGAAGGAUGUUCAAUGCGAUGCUUACGAUAAGAAACAGCGCUAUAACUUGAGUCCACUCACUCUGAGGGAUGGCAAUUGGAUGGCAGAAGACACUCGCUCACACCUGGACUAUUACAUCAAUGUUUGCAACGGAUACUACCCGGGUGGUGUGAAUCCCAAGUGCAAGGGUUCAAUGGGGAUAGGGGGGUGUCAAGUGGAUAGAAAACACGGGCAUUCACACAGCAUGGGCUUGGUGCAAAGUCGUCCUACUGUUUCGUCAACAAACGACGUCACGUUACGCUAUCAGGGGGGUGAUAUAUGUCAUCACAAGUAUCAUCGUAGCACGAGAAUCAACUUCUUUUGUUCAAACGUUCAUGGUUCUCCUGUAUACAUGGCGGAAAUGAAAGAUUGCGAGUACGUGUUUAACUGGAGAACUCCAAGUGCUUGUCCAGUGAAGACGUUUAAAGGGAAGGAUUGCCGUGUGUAUGAUGAAACAAACGGUGUUCAUUAUGACCUCAGUUCCCUGGCAGGGCAAGUGCAAAAUGAGAAGGUUGACAAGGACGUUCAAUAUAUCGUGAAAUUUUGCGUUGAAACUCCAGCGAAAGACUUCGGUUGCGGCAAAGAAAAUCCCUCGUGUCUCGUUGUUAACGGGAGAAUGGAAAAUCUGAAGUUUUCAAACAUGACAUUUAACGAUGGCAAAGCAAUUUUUGAAUACACAAGUAAAAGUGUUAACGUCGUUAAUGAAAUAUCCUGCGAUUCCAGCGUCAAAACGCUCUCCUUCAGGGAGAAAGCAAAAGUCAAAGAUGGCUAUCACAUGUUCUGGACGAGCUGCCUGGUUUGUCCACCCAUUACUGGGGAGGAAUGCAGUAUUACGACCGAAGACGGUCUCUUUGACCUCUCCGUCCUAGCAAAGGAGUCCUGGGACUGGCGUGCCCGAAAUGCCUUGGAUGGCGAACCAGAGAGUUCAGUCGUGUUUGGGCAGUUCUAUUUUUCUUUGUGCACACCUCUAAAGAACAUCUCUGGACUCGCGAAUAAAGGAUCACGAGGGGCGAUUAAGGAUAAAAAUAAUGGAAAAAUCACAAGUCUUGGUACAAUGAUAGAACGACUCAAAAUUUCUGACGGAUCACUCACAAUGACGUAUGGCAAUGGCGACAAAAUAAGCUCCUGUACAAAUAAGAAAUCCCCAAAAACUACCAUACAGUUUAUCUGUGAUGAUAUUGUACCCGGGGGAGUGGGGGUUGGACCAGUUGUCGACGGAUUUGACGAAGAUCAGUGUACAUUUCACGUCACGUGGACAACACGCGCCGCUUGUCCUGUGCGAAGCCUCCUGGGAGGUUAUUCCAAUCCAAAGUGCACCGCCAUCCAUCCAGCUACAAGAAAAACAAUAGAUCUAAACCCACUGAAGAAGUUUGAUAGUUACACGGUGGAAGAUGAAAAAAAUGGUGAUAAAUACUUGAUUAAUAUUUGUGCCCCAGCAAGAGGCUGCCCAGCGAACUCCGGGAUCUGCAAGAAAUAUAGCAAGACGAGUGCAGGCAAUGUGAACACGACACUCGUCUAUCGUCAAGGAUUUCUCUACCUUCAUUACAAAGACGGUAGCGCCUGCAGUGAAUCAGACAAAAGGACGAGCGAAACUUUGAUAUCGUUUAUUUGCGAUGCCAAGGCUGGCAAAGGAAAGCCGAAGUUGGAGCGGGUUAAAGAUUGCACGCAUUUUGUGACUUGGAGAACCAGUUUGGCUUGCGAAGCUGAGAUUGAUUGUGUUGCUCAAGACGGGAAGAACUUCUACGAUCUCACACCCUUGAUCCGAGACGAUGCGAAUUACGAAUCUUUGGAUAAGGAUGGAAAACAUUACCUCAUAAACGUGUGUCGUUCGUUGGUCGGUGAUUCAAGAUGCUCCUCGCAAUCGAGUGCUGCAGUGUGUCGCACAGCGAGUGAAAAUAAAGAAGACAAAAGUUUUGGACAAGUGGGUGCGCCACCAAAGUUUGUUUCAUCUUCAGAGAGACAGAAUGAAGUCAAAGCUCAGCUCAUCUAUGAGAACGGAAAAUGUGGCAACACGACUAUAAACUUUCACUGUGAUCCGAAAGAUCUUGCGGUCAGGAAAUUAGUUAUCACAUACGCCGAUGAAUGUUCGGUGCAAAUAUCCUGGUGGACUUCGUUGGUUUGCGACCCACCAGGUGGGAAUCCACCAAAUGGCAACCUAAGCUGCUUCUACAGCAAUCCCGAGCAAACGUUCUGCUUUGAUUUAAAAAGACUAGGGCAAAAAGGUAAAAAUGUUAAGUUUCCCGAAGGGGAAGUCCAUUUCCAUGUGUGUGGAACCGCAGCGAAGGAUUGCCAGGAAGAAGGCAAGGAGUCCAAAUCAGGCGAAGCUUGUUUGAAAACAAAAAACGAAAGACCGACGGUUCUUUCACUCGAAAACAUCGUUUAUAAGAACGGCGAAGUACGAAUAACUUACGGCCAAGACGUCGUCCUUAUUUUGUACUGCGGGAAAGAAAGCGAGUCAAAUAAUCCUCAGUAUAUUGGAAAGGUUGAACAUAAAAAGCCAGAUUAUCAGACAUAUUAUUUCAGUUUGAUAACGCCAGAGGUUUGUCCACCUCGUGAGCUGUCGUGCGAGAUCAGAUACGGAGACAAAACGUUCAACUUGGCUGGUCUGAGUCGCGGCGAAAAUUUUUAUGCAAAAGGCGACGACAGCGAUCAUUACUGGCUCAGUCCUUGUGGUCAUGUCAGGCGCAAUAAGGAAACAGAGGAUAUCUGCUCGUCCCGAGCGACAGCAAUAAGAGUUUCAUCGGACAAAGAAUCUAAAGUGAUAGCAGUGGAUACGAAUUAUGAUCUUACUUAUCAUGCUAAAACAGAAUAUCCUUUACAACUUCGAUACUACGGAAAUGAGGCGCUCAAAAGCUGCGGUAAUAAAAAGCCAACGGUUGUGCACAAGUUUAAGUGUAGACAUGGUGAUUCGGAGGUGCAUUUUGAGAGUGGUGAAAACUGCGAGUUCAUCUUUUUGUGGAAGACAGCGGAAGCAUGCCCCGAAAACAGUAAACCACUAAGGCAGGAAGGGGACAAUUGGAUAUUUUACGAUGACAAAGCCACAGGCUGCACACUGGAUUUAACUCACGUGAAAGAAAUAGUGGAAAAACAUGCAGGCAGCAAAGAUUGCAAGCUCCGAAACAAGGUCACGGUCUAUGCGUUAGAUGAUUCUUACGAGUUGUUUGUUUCUUGCGAUUCAAAGACAACUAAGGAGGUGUAUAGUUUUGAAGUCCUUAUGCGAUGCACAGCUGGCAAAGAAUCAACAUUAGUUGACGUCGGUGAUUCAUAUGUGUCGAUAAUAUUGAACACAAAUUAUGUCUGCGAUGACAUGGGAAAAAACGGGUGCACUGUAUCUAAAAAUUUCUCUCGUUCGACGGUAAUAUCUGCUGGGGCGAUUGCAGGAAUAUUGAUUGGCAUUAUUCUUCUUGCUGUCAUCGUAUUUCUUGCUUGUAAACCUGAGAAAAGACAAAGUGCUGCCUUAUGGCUGAGGUGGCAUUAUCGUAAAUGUACUUGCGGUUAUCGUUAUAAAAAGGUCAACACAGACGAGGAAGAUGGUGAAAACGACCAUCUAAUUGAAACUGGUGCUGGAGGUUCAUUAGGUGAUAAUGAUGAUGAUGAUAAUGAGGCUGGUGAUCACGAGAAGAAUCAUAAUAAUGACGAUGAUGAUAAUGAUGAUCUAUUACCUCUAUUAUUAUGAGUGAUUUCAAUCCUAGAGUGGUUGUACGGAGCUCGUUUAGCUUAAAUAGUAGAUAGGUUAGAAAAAAGAGCAAAACUGCACAUUCAUCACGUAAAAAAGCUAAGCUUUUCGACACGAAUACAAUAGCAUUGUUUAAAACUACACAUUAAACCAUGUAGAAAACUUCACAUGUAGUAUAUUAUUUAAAUGCACGCUAAUUUAACCAUUUAACCGCAUAGAAAUGUUCAAUGAUAGCUAGUAACUGCAAAAAAUCAUAGAGAAACUAAUUUAAAGUUAGUUAGAUGUUUUGCAGAAAUUCCUUGUUGUGAAUACAAUCAUGGAUUGUGAUUUUAGCUGGAAUUGAGUUCGUAUAUAAAGAGUCAAGAAGCUUGAAAAUAUUUUGAGAAUAUGAUGAGCUAGCCAUCUAUAAACUGUUUGGCGAAAGUAUAUAAUUUAAUUGUGGAAACUGCUUGAACUUUCUCCUUAGUUAAUGCUUCAUCUUUUGCAGUCAUUUCCAAACCGUGAUAGGAACAUAUUUAGAAACGAGCC